UAUGACAAAUAUGCUUAUGACAUUAAUAGAUUUUCAUUAAUUAUAAACGACCUUACACAGAGUGUCUACACUGUCGUUAAUGAUAGUGUCACCUAUAAGCAUUUUUAGUCCUUUAUUAUUUACCGCACUGGGGCAGAAUACAAAUAUAUGUAUAUGUGUAUGUAUAUAAGAUAAGAGGAGCACGUGUUUACGAGUGGUCGUAAAAACCUCGCUCUUACACAACGAGCAAAUAUAUAAAAAGCCAGCCGUGCGUCCUCAGGUACUUCUUCACACACCAAGAGAGCGGCCCAGAAAGGUACGUCGUGUUUGCUUUUAGAAAGUCUUCAUUGUACUGGCUGUGUUGGUUUGGGUUCAUUAUGAAGGAGGAAGCUCAGCGUGAAGAAGUGGACCUUUCUGAAGUUAUGAGAGUGCUUUCAAUUUGAAUUUUGAGAAGGAUUUUGCUUUGAAUGACAGGAUUUUUGAAAGAAAAGACAGCUAGUGAUUUAAGAGGAUGGUACAACUUGGUUUAAUUGCCUGAAUGGCUGUCAAGGUGAUUGAUAACUAUCACUAGCAAAGGUCAGAGGUCAGCCCUAUCACCUGUGCAGUCAGAAGGUAUUACAUAUCUUCCUAAAGGUCACAUUUCUUUGACUUUAUUCAGUAUAAAACAGUAGGAUGUGACACCUGUAUUAAAUACUGUAUGUGUAAUGUAAUCUUCCCUUUCAAUAUGAGAUGUAUGUGGUUAAUUACACAUUUUAAGCUCUAAAAAGUGUUCAUUUAUUUUCAAAUAAUUGUCAUUUAUCACAGUCGACCACAAUGGGAAAGCAUAAUCCUGGCCGUCUCGCUGCCAUAGUGGUGUCUGUUGUCAGCUUUGCAAUCAGUUUGGUGUUCAACGGGCUGUCUGUAGUCGGAGUCGGUCCUUUUGACACCACGACAGGCAAUGUGUCCGCAGUGUUCGACACGCAGAUCACACCUUCAGGAUGGACCUUUCAGAUCUGGAGCGUCAUCUACACCUGGCUGAUAGCGAUGGUGAUCUACAUCGUCACCGGACUCUGCAGAAAGAAUGGUUAUGGCUAUGUUUACUGCAGCCCUGCGGUUCUGCCGUAUGGCUUCUUCAUUAGCUGGUGCCUUAAUCUGUGUUUCAAUAUUGGCUGGCUAAUUGUUUGGGACAAAGGAAUAAUGAUCGCUGCGCUGGUGUUCCUCGUGCUGGUCAUCUGCACCAACUACUCCAUGAUCUUCUUCAUCUGCCAUGGCCUUCAUGUUUAUGGAGCCUGGCUCAAGAAAUACCACAAGGUCGACUUGUGGCUUCUCCGUGUGCUGGUUCAGAACGGUGUGAUGAUCUACACAACAUGGACAACCAUUGCAACCCUGAUCAACCUGACAAUCGUGCUGACCUAUGAUGUGGGUAUGUCCCCGCUGGAUGCUGCAACCAUCUCCUACUGUUUUUUGACCGUCGUGCUGCUCGUGUGGUUUGCUUUGGAGAACUUUGUGCUUGACAAACACGUGCGGUACGUCCUCGUCAUCUACCCGGUUUUGAUCUGGGCGCUCACUGGGAACCUGGACAAGAACUUUGAUGCUGAAUCACCCAACCGUAAUGGCUUCUUCAUUGUUGCCCUGCUGGCUUCAGCCUCGGUGCUGUUCCUCGUCAGGAUUGUUUUGGUGAUUUGGAGGCACAUCAAGCAGCCGCUCUACACAGACGUCAGUCCUGAAGCCAUGGAACCGACGGACAUCGCUGAAAAACAGAAAAAGAUUUUCCGUUAAACCGUUUUUAUAAAACACUGGAUGUCAUGUAUCAUAGCAACAAGUGGUGCCAUUGUUAGGCAUUACUACGUUGAUUAUCAGGAGAACAA